AUGGGUCGCGUUCGUACCAAGACUGUCAAGAAGUCCGCCAAGGUCAUCAUUGAGCGAUACUACCCCAAGUUGACCCUCGACUUCGAGACCAACAAGAGAAUCUGCGAUGAGAUUGCCAUCAUUGCUUCCAAGCGUCUCCGCAACAAGAUUGCCGGUUACACCACCCAUCUGAUGAAGCGCAUCCAGCGUGGUCCCGUCCGUGGUAUCUCCUUCAAGCUCCAAGAAGAGGAGCGUGAGCGCAAGGAUCAAUACGUGCCCGAGGUUUCGGCUCUCGAUUUCUCCCAGAACGAAAACGGCGGACAGCUCGAGAUUGACUCGGAGACGAAGGACCUGCUCAAGAGCCUUGGUUUCGACUCCAUCCCCGUCAGCGUCGUCGCUGUAUCGCAACAACAAGCUGUUGAGCCCCGCCGCCGCUUCAAUGACCGCCCCGGUCGCCCAUAG